AUGCCACUGCUACCACACCACCAAGGCACAUCAGGAGGGUACUGUGAGGCCAGAGCAGGCAGAGGCAUCGGCAUCGGCAUCGGCAUCGGCAACACCAUGGGAGUAUUUGAUCCCCUUAUUGUGGGUCGAGCCCGGGUCAACGGGCAGGCCCAGGAGGAGAGAGGAGGCGCCGUCGGCUAUGUCUGGGCCCUGCCUCCGCCUGCCUCCAGCUCGCCCGCCCGUCGUCCGCCCGAGGAGCCGGGGCCCUCCCAGCGCCGUCGCAGGCGAAAAGAGAAGAGGAAAGACAAACCAGCCGAGGAGGACGAGGGGGACGGAGUGAAGGAGGAGAAGGAGAAGAAGAAAAAGAAGAAGAAGAGCUCCAAGACCGACGACAAAGAAGGAGAGGAGAACAUGGGCUCCAAGGACGAGAAGAAGAAGAAGAAGAAGAAGAACCAGCUACUCAACUACCAAACGGAGUCCUCAGAUGACUAUGAGGACGAAUACUACAAGAAGAAAGUGUACGAGGUGGUGACCGUCACAGGUGACGUGAAAGGAGGAGGGACUGAUGCUAAUGUCUUUGUCACCCUUUUCGGAGAAUAUGGCGUCACUCCCAAAGUUCACCUGGCCAGCAAAAGCAGAAACGCUUUUGAGAAAAAUAAAACCGACGUCUUCCGGAUAAAGACGCACAAUGUGGGGGCCAUAAGCAAAAUCAGAAUCGAGCACGACAACACGGGCAUGAAUGCGGGCUGGUACCUGGACCGCGUGGUGAUAACGGACAUGAGCCGGCCCCACCUGCGAUUCUUCUUCUCCUGCAUGCAGUGGCUGAGCAGGGAGGAGGCCGACGGACUCAUAUUCAGAGACCUGCUGGGUAGCACCAGUCCCAUGGACCUGCCCAAAUGCAACAAAUACAUGGUGAGCGUCUUCACAGCAGACAUCAAGGGCAGCGGGACAGAUGCAGACGUGUUCUUGACCAUCUUUGGAGAGAAGGGAGACAGCGGUGAGCGCAAGCUGUUCAGCAAGGACAAGGACUGCUUUGAGCGGGCGGCUGAGGACAAGUUUAUACUGGAUGCCCCCAACAUAGGCCGCAUACAGAGGAUCAUGAUCGGACACAACAACAAGGGCGGCUCCGCAGGGUGGGUCUGCAACAAGGUAACGAUAGAUGACAUUGGAAACAAGGAGGUGUAUGAGCUGCCCUUCAACGAUGCCUGGUUUGACAUCUCCGAGGGAGACGGCAAGAUCCAGAGGGAUGCACUGGUGGGAGCAACUACCUUGUCUACAGGCAUCACCUACAACGUGAAGGUGAUGACGGGCGACGUGCGUGGCGCGGGCACCAACUCCAAGAUCCACCUGGUGAUGUACGGCAAGAAGGGCAUGACCAACAGUGGCAAGGUCUUCCUGGAGGGGGGCACGUUCGAGCGCGCCCAGACGGACAUCUUCAACGUGGAGAUAUGCACCCUCAUCAGCCCGCUCAGCCGCGUCACCAUCGGGCACGCCAACGUUGGCAUCAGCUGCGGCUGGCACUGCGAGAAGGUGACAGUGUACUGCCCCUUCACUGGCAUAGAGCAGGUGUUCCCCUGCAGCCAGUGGCUUGAUGAGGACGAGGGGGACGGGCUGGUGGAGAGGGAACUCUACGAGAUGGUCUCGCUCAGGCAGAGGAAACAGAUCAAGCAUCCCUGGUCAGUGUGGAUCUGGACGUCAGACAUAAAGGGGGCGGGUACGGAUGCCCAGGUCUUUGUGCAGCUCUUUGGGGAGAAGGGCAAGAGUGACGAGUUCCCACUGGAGAGCAAGUCAGACAGCUUCGAGUCAGGCCAGAUCGACAAGUUCAUGGUAGAUAUGCCAGAUCUGGGCCAAAUUCGAAAGCUGCGCAUCUGGCACGAGAAGAGGAACCCUUUCUCAGGCUGGCAUCUUAACAGGGUGACGGCGAUGAACACUCUGACCAAGCAGAAGUAUAAGUUUGCUUGUGGCCGCUGGCUGGACAUCAAUGAGGACGACCAGGAGAUCAUCAGGGAACUGCCUGCCACCGGACCCCUCGUACCAGAGCCCCUGCCACUCAUCAAGUACAGGGUGACUAUCUGCACGGGGAUGGUGAGUGGGAGCGGGACAGACGCCAGCGUGUACCUGUGCAUAUUCGGAGACCUGGGGGACACCGGGGAGAGGCUGAUGUUCCAGAGCCAGAACAACGCCAACAAGUUUGAAAAGGGCAACCACGAUGAGUUUCUGGUGGAGGCGGUGACGUUGGGCCAGGUGCGGCGCGUGCGGAUUGGCCACGACGGGAGAGGCGGAGGCUGCGGCUGGUUCCUGGACAAAGUGAUGGUCAGAGAGGAGGGCACGCCGGAGUCAAGUGCCGUGGUCUUCCCAUGUAACAGGUGGUUGGAUCGUGGCGAGGAUGAUGGGCUUAUUAUUAGAGAGCUUUGUCCAACAGACAAUGGCCAGCGUCUCUUCAACGUGAAGUACCACAUAGCCAUCAGGACGGGCAGUAUAAACGGAGCCAGCUCGGACUCCAAGGUGUUUGUGAAGCUGUACGGCGAGAAGGGGGACACCAUGAAGACUCUGCUGCUGGUCUCAGAAAACGACCUCAGCAACUACUUUGAGACCGGCCAGAUCGACACCUUUAUACUGGAGACCUAUGAUAUUGGCCAGAUAAAGCGCCUCCUGAUUGGCCACACUAACGAGGGCCUGAAGGCCGGCUGGUUCCUGGACAGCGUGCUCAUCAGCGUUCCUGUGCAUGGAACCGAGUACAUGUUCCCUGCCCACAGGUGGCUUUCCACAAACGAGGCUGAUGGUAAAGUGGAGGUAGAGAUCUACCCGAGUGAGACCCUUGAAAUCGAAAAAUUGAUCAACUACGAGGUGACAGUUUUGACGGGAGACGUGUUUGCAGCCGGUACCAACGCACGAGUGUUUAUACAGAUCUACGGACUCGAGGGCAAGACAGAGGUGCUGAGAGUUUCAAACCGGUCAAACAACUUUGAAAGAGGAACCACAGAGAUAUUUGCGUUCGAGGCUCAUGACGUGGGGCGCGUGUUCAAGAUCCGCAUCGGCCAUGACGGCUCGGGCGCGGCGCCCGGCUGGUUCCUGGAGAGCGUCCACGUCCGGCGCCUCAUCAUGGCGCUCGUGCCAAUCGAGAAGAAGGAGGAGGAGGAGGAGAAGAUCUUCGCCUUUACGUGCAGUCGCUGGCUCGCCAGGGACGAGGAGGACGGCGAGAUCGUGGUGGAGCUGCGGGCGGACGACUACGAUGAACUUGAGGAGAAUACAUAUGAGAUACACGUGUUUACCGGAACUAUGUUCGGAGCGGGGACUGAUGCCAAAGUUUUUGUCAACCUUUACGGGGAGAGUGCAGACACUGGAGAAAGACAUCUGCGCAAAUCUGCGUACAAUCUCAACAAGUUCGAGAGGGGCCAGGAGGACGUUUUUGUUGUCAAAGCGAUUGACCUUGGGCCGCUCAAGAAACUCCGCAUUCGCCAUGACAACACUAAUGCGGGUCCUGCCUGGUUCCUCGAUCGCGUUGAAGUCGUCGACACCAAGGAAGAAGUCACGUACUACUUCCCGUGUAUGCGGUGGCUGGCGGUGGAUGAGGAUGAUGGGCAGCUUGCUCGGGAGCUGGUGCCCGUGGACGAGGCCUUCAUGCACAGGGAGGAAGAGGAAGAUGAGGACGGAGUAGUGGGAGGAGCGCCCACCCUGGGCCUGGAGCAGAAAGCCAUGACAACCACAUUCAACGUGAGCGUGAGGACGGGUGACAAGAAGUAUGGUGGGACAGAUGCUAAUGUUUACGCUAUCCUGUACGGCAGCAAAGAUGACACAGGCAUCAUCAAGCUGAAGGCCUCUAAAACCCACAAGAACAAGUUUGAGGUGGGAAUGAUUGAUGAGUUUACAGUGGAGGCUGUCGACCUUGGCCAACUGAAGAAGCUUCGAAUCGGUCAUGACAACUCAGGCGGUUCUCCAGGCUGGUUUCUAGACUGGGUGGAAGUGGACGCUCCGUCGUUGGGUGAGAAGCUGGUCUUCCCCUGUGGCCGCUGGCUGGACCGCGGUAAGGAGGACGGGGCCAUCUUCCGAGACCUCCACCCUAACCCCCUGCAGACGGAGACGUAUACACCCUACGUGCCAUACGAGAUCAAGAUUUACACCAGCGACAUCUUUGCGGCGGGGACGGACGCAGACGUGUUCAUCGUGUUGUACGGGUCAGACGGAGUGUGCACCACACAGAAGUCUCUGUGUCUCAACAAGAGGGAGAGGACCCUGUCCUUCAAGAGAGGAGCAGAGGACAUGUUUAUAAUAGAGCUGGAAGAUAUUGGUGACAUCAUUGACAAGAUUCGCAUCGGCCAUGACAACCGCGGAACCAACCCAGGCUGGCACCUGGACCGUGUGGAGAUCAGACGACUACUGCGGAAAGGAAAGGGUUCAGAGACGACCAUAUUUUAUUACGAUGCGUGGCUGGCCACCUCGGAGGAGGACGGGGAGAUCAUCCGGGAGCUGGUACCCGCUGACGUCAUCACAGAGAAGCUGGCCAAAGACGGCACGCUCAGGGUCACCGAGAUCGAGAUCGAAGACGCUCUCGAGGUCCACACCUAUCGAGUGGUGGUGAGGACGGGUGACGUGUACGGGGCGGGGACGGACGCUAACGUCUUCCUCACCAUCUAUGGGGAUCUGGGGGACACCGGAGAACGGCAACUCAGUACCUCCAACACCAACAGCAACAAGUUUGAGAGAGGCUCGCUGGAUGAGUUUAACUUGGAGGCUGUGGACCUUGGCCAGGUGUACAAGAUCCGCAUCCGCCAUGAUAAUAGCCUGAUGAGCCCAGAAUGGUACCUAGAGGACGUGGAAAUCAUCGACACGGACACGGAGGAAGACUUCAUAUUCCUUUGUGAACGCUGGCUGUCCAUGAAGAGGGAAGACCACUGCAUCGACAGGAUCUUCUACGUAAAGGGUUAUGAUGGACCCCGUGGCGACAGUGCCUUGCCAGGGCUGGACAGCAACAUGAACGAGAUGAAGAGCGAGGAUGAGGAGGAUGCUGCUUUACUGAUCCCGUACCACUUCAUGGUCAUCACGGGCGAUGAGGACGAUGCGGGCACCAACAGCCGAGCCUUCGUCAUCAUCCACGGCCGAGAGGAGUGCACGGAGCGCAUGUGGCUCGACAUGCCCGAGGGCAAGAGCGGCUUCGAACCCGACGCCAUGGACACCUUCUCCUGCCUUGGAGCCGACGUGGGGGACAUCAAACAAGUGGAGUUUGGUCAUGACGGAGCGUCCCCGGAGAGCUGCUGGCUGGUGAUGGAGCUGGCGGUGGACGUGCCAACCAAGGGGGUGAAGCUGGUCUUCCGCUGCAAGUGCUGGCUGGCCAAAGACCGCGGCGACGGGCUCACCACACGGGUACUCAACGUCAUGGACGCUGAGAUGAUCAACAUUAAAACAAAGGUGAUCUAUGAGAUCACUGUGGGCACAGGUGAUGUGCAGUAUGGAGGGACGGACUCCCACCUUUACUUGACUGCCUUUGGGGCCAACGGGAGUUCGUCGGAGAUGCUGUUGCCAAAGAACGGGGACAGGUUUGAGCGGGGACAAGAGGACACGUUCACCCUUGAGAUCGAAGAGAUUGCUCCUUUGAGGAUGAUCCGAGUCCGCUCAGAUGGAACUGGUAGCCGACCCGACUGGUUCUUAGAGAGGGUGGUCCUUCGUAACCUGUCGACGGAGGAGGUGGCGGAGUUCACGUGUGGCGAGUGGCUGUCCCUGACCAUGGGCACCAAGAAGAGUCUGAGCGCAGAGAUGCCGGCCAUCAUAGACGACGAGCAGAUGGUGGAGCUAACCGAGUACACCAUCACCGUCAAGACCGGAGAGGCCAUGGCCGCAGGGACCGAUGCCAAUGUGUGGUGCAUGGUUUUUGGUGAGAACGGAGACACGGGCGUUCUGGCACUUAAACACUCUCAGAACGGCAACAAGUUUGAGCGCAAGAAGACUGACGUCUUCAAAUUCCCAGAGAAGCUCAGCUUGGGAGACCUCUCCAAAGUCCGUCUGUGGCAUGACAACUCAGGUCCAGCUCCUGGUUGGUUUCUUGAUUUUGUGGAGGUGCGCGAUGAGCUGAUGGACCAGACGUUUCGGUUCCCCUGUAGGAAGUGGCUUGCCAAGAGCGAAGAUGACGGCCAGCUGAUGAGGGAGCUGGGCUGCGCCAACAACGACAUACUGGACCUCGAUGAGAAAACCAAGUAUGAAAUCGUCACAGUGACAGCAGAUGACGAUGAUGCUGAGACUAAAGAGAAUGUGACGAUAAUCCUGGAAGGAAGGAAGGGGCGCUCCAAAGUGUUGGAUCUAGAAAACUCAGGGAAAAAGAGGCGCUUCUUAAGUGGAAGUGAAGACAGAUUUGAGUUCUCCUCCAAGAAUGUGGGUGACAUUGCGGGCAUCUGCGUUGGACACGUCCCUAAAGACGGGAAGAAACCCAAAGGAGAGGCUUACUGGCACGUUGUGGAGAUCAUCGUCACUGAGAUAGAGCUUGGAAACAAGUUUUUCUUCAACUGCAACGCCCAGAUCCCGUUGCAGUCCAAACGCGACGACCCUGUGACCUUCGAGUUGUCCAAGAUGGUGGAGAGCUUCGCCUCCAAGGCCCGCAGCCUGGUGCCCGUGCGUUAUGAGAUCAUCGUCGUCACGGGCGACGAGAAGGGCGCCGGCACAGACGCCAACGUCUUCAUGACGGUCUUCGGCACCAACGGAGACUCAGGCCGGCGUCAGCUGCGCAAGCGCUUCCAGAACAAUUUCGAGCGCGACAAGACGGAGCGCUUCAACCUGGAGCUGCUGGAGAUGGGAGACCUCACGCAUGUCAUCAUGGAGCACGACAACAAAGGGCUGAGUCCCGGCUGGCUCCUGGAGCGUGUGGAGAUCACCAACACGGCCAACGCCGUCACCACCAUCUUCCACUGUGGCAAGUGGCUGGACAAGAAGAAGGCAGACGGCAAGACACGACGCACCAUCUACCCCAAAUACUGAUGAUGAUGUCCUCCCCGUGUUGCCUCCACACACAGCAGCGUCUGUGUCGGUGAACUAGCAUAUCGUCCAGCCGCCAAGCACUGACCUAAUGUUUAGGGAGUUGG